GCAACAGGCCGCAAGCGUCGCCGACGCCGCCGCGACGUCGUACGCGCGAUACAGCAUCUGUCCUUCCUUUUUUCGCACCUCUUCUUUCCGUCGGAAGCCGCGAGAAGAAUUUCAGAUCCGGUCACGCUCCGGCAGUCGUCCACACGCACCCCCAACACUUACGACAUGACCAUGCUGUCGUCGCUGUACGUGUUGCCGUUUCUCUGCAACUGCUUGCUAGUCUCCUCCUCGAUACUGACGCCGUUGAAGGCCGACGGGAAUCUGAGGAUCUUCAAGAACGUUCCCAGCGACUUCGAGUACGUGCUGAAGAGGCACAGCGUCGACAGCCGGCCGGAGGACGCCGACUCGAAGGAGCGACGGAGCAACAAGGGCUCGUCGUUCAUCAGGUUCGGUCGCAGCGAUCCCGACAACCACGGCGAGAACGUGCUCGGCGAGGAGAGCGACGGAAGCUCGCCGGUGAACAGAUAUCCCCGCUGGAAGUCGCCGGACAUUGUGAUCAGGUUCGGCAGGUCGGACUCGAAGACGGCCCCGAGCAGCGACAGGGACUACAAGCUUAGAAGGAACGACCUGAAUUUCAUCAGAUUCGGCCGGAACUCGCAGACCUAUCCCCUGGAGAUCGACGUGACCACGAUGUGCUCGGAUCUGGUGGUGAACGAGGAGACGAAGAGCAGCCUGCAGCCGUUCGAGGCGAGGCUACUCCGCCUGUGCGACGCGCUCAGCAACUUCGACGCCGAGCACAGAAACGCGCUGGACUUUCUCGAGGAGCGUGCCGGCUCUAAGCACGAGUAAAGAGGGCCGUCGGCAACCGGAAACGAUCCAUCGCGAACAUCGUCGGGGAUUUGUCCGUGCGAACGGGACAACGCCACGUCCUCCCGACGCAUCGUCGCGCUCGACCCUGCGAAUUCUCACGGGCAACGUUAUUCCAUCGGCCGAUCCGAAGAUUCGGUUAUCUCGGAACCAUCGUCGCGUCGCGGUCGCCUCCAUUUCCGCCUAAUUCGAUCUCGCCUCCGCGACGCGGCCCACGGACGCGGGCCAUUCUCCUUUAUUCAUUCGAUUAGAAACGCGAUCUGCUUGCCGAGGUCAGCCUCAUUUGCCUACCGAUAGUGCUCCUCGCAAUCUCAUUUGCGCUCCCGUUGCCUCUGCGCCGGGAAUCGCUUCCGCGACCUAUUUAUUCCGGUUUUUCUACGCGUCGUAGUUUCCGUCGACCGUCGAACGAUUGCUCUUCGCCGAAUAAUCGUUCGGGCCGCGAUUUGUACAUACAUCGGUGGCCGCGAAGAAUCUUGGUUCGCCCACGAAUGCCUAAUCGAUUGCCCGGAACAAGCACGCGGGAUAAUUCUUUGGAGAUCCGUCGAAUAUUCGGAUUAUUUUCGUGGGUCGCGACGGCGCCGCGGCAUCGCCGACGAAUAACGUUGUUCCAAGGUAUUUCAUCCGGGUACCUCAAUGUGCAUCCACCUGCUCCGCCGCGUAUUCAAUGUACAUAUAAAGAUUUAAUCGUUGAACGGCUCCGACGCCGGCGACGAUCUCGCGGACCGAUUCGCUGCGACAAACGCGUCCGCGGAGGGAUCGUUUUCGCCGUCGCUCCGGGAAACUGUGUCGUGAUUGUCGAAACGGCGCGUUUGCCGUUGUUCCAUUUCGCAAUUGGCGGGUCCACGGGGAAUCGCGGCCGAGUCUGUUUUUUUUUUCCGGCGACUCGCGUCGAUCUCGUCGGCGAACGUCGAGAACAAUGUUGCACGCUCGGCGUAACGUCGGGAACCUCCGUUCGAACGUUUCCGCUUUUAUCCGUUCUCUCGAGUAAUUCCGUGCAAAAAUUUGCUCGUUCGUCGACCGGCGAGAUCUCUCGAUUAUUCUGAAAAGACCAACAACGAGCUCGCCGCGUUCGCUUCCCCGAACGUUUGCGCGACGUGGAAAAAUUGCGACGGACUCGGCCAUCUUUCUCUCCGACACCCUCCAAUUACGAAUAGGAAUUAGAAUUACGGUAAUGCGCAUUGUCUGUAACCUUGAACGUCGUUCUUAAAGUGAAUGUAAAUUUAAUACACGCGUAUACAUUAAAGGAAAAAAAGUGGCUGGAAA